GUGCAUAAUUACAUGUGCGAUUCACUGUUACCAUAAAGACACAGAUGUGUUAAACACAUCUGUGACAGAAAAGCAUUUUUUUCCUCACAAAUAUACUUAAACUGACAUUAUCAUGUUAUUUAGUUAAGCUACUGUAGGUAUCAUUUUUUUUCUCCGUUAUAAAUUAUUACAAUGCGUUUUGUGCACUUAAUAGCAGAAUGAUGGCGCUGGUGCUUGGCAGAUGUGUCCGUGAAAAAAAAUUCCCAUGAGCCCUUUACUCUGUUCAAUACAUCAGUAGUUUUCUGAUGUAGUAUUCAGUUCAUUGAGGACGAAUUUGUUUGACUUCUGUGAUUCUGUUAAAUAUCUGCGUACAUUCAUGAAGCUCGUGACAUUAUGUUUUUGGUUGUUCUUUCCCCUACAUCCUUGACUUCAUAAAGAUGCGUUUAUUGCUCCCUCCUCAUCACAGAUACAAUUUCCCUGUUGUCCCACCAAUUAGAGCCAUUUAGAGUGCAUUGACUUGAACUUUUUUGGCCUAUUCAACUAAAACGGAAACUUUAAUAACAAACAAUCAAUUUUUAGCACACUUAAUAGUAACUUAAUGUUCUGGAUAUUUUCAAGCAUUUUCCAUCAUAUGACAGUAAAUCCGAUGCUAAAGUAAAGCAACAGGUAAAAUGGAAAUUUCCAUCCACGUGUUUUUUUGUCCUACAGCAUAUUUCUUUGUCUCCAAAAAAAAGAAGUUUAUAUUCUCCUCUGUCCUCCUGUCUUUGAGUCUAUAAUUACAUCUUAUUGGUUGACUAUAGCUGGGCCAGUGUAGGCCAAUGGCAGCAAUGGAAGCAGCAUGCACUCGGCCCCAUGGGAUGCAACGUUUUUGUUUUUAAUUAUCAAGGUUGGGUUUAAAUUGUGGCCGAGUUCUCAGUGGCACAGUCUUUGUACAGAGGUGUGUUGAGAAGUACACAAGGGGUUUGGCUCACCAUCCUCUUCCAGACAGUCAGCUGUAGGGCUGAACUACGGGGUCCCAUCAGCUCAUCACAGGUAACAUUUAACACAGGAAUCUCCAAGGUUAAGAAUGGCUCGUUUAAGAGGAUCUCCCCUCUUCCAUGUUUUCACUGGAAUGCUGCUAGCAACAAUGUUAUUACCUGAGUUCCUGCUGGCCGGGCCUGUGAUCCAGCGUUUAAAAGGAGAUGAUGGAAGCAAUGACAAAGCAAGCGUUGAGGCUGGAUCACCAAAACUAAUCCGCAAUCGAAGAAACGUCAGUUGGUACAAGCAGCACUCUGACUUCUGGAACUGGUACAAGUACUUCACUGACAAUGGAAACCAGGAAGGAGUUGCAGAGCUCGAUCGCGUCUAUCUUGCAUACCUGCAAAAUAAGAACAGAGCAGAGUCACGUCGUUCCUACAAGAUGUACCUGCAGCACCUCGCCGACAUCUACAAAUCUUGUGCCGAGACUGACGACCCGAACUGCGUGGCCUCUUACGCAAGACCCAAACCCAAAGUUGAGACACCAGCACCUGCGCCAAUCAAGUCCUGUGACCCUUAUAGAGACCCAUACUGCUUGCAAACCAAGGGAUACAACUAUUACCCCUACAUGGCCCCGGCUCCAGCCCCCGUCAAAGCCGCUGCCCCUGCCCCAGUUAAAGCCCCAGCUUACCUCCGCACCCCGGUGAUGAAAGACCCACGCUCUGGCCACUACUAUUACUCUCCGUUGGUGCAGUCCUUCCUGACAGCUGAGCAGAAGUCUGAGCUGUUGCGCAUCUGUGAUGCGGAGGAUGUCGAGUGUCUGCAGUACCACCUUCGUGCAGCCUACGGUUACAAGCCUGCAGCUGUCAUGGCUCCAUCCUACGCCCAUCUAGGCUGUGACCCUAAGACCGAUCCUCGUUGUGUCCCCCACCUGUCCCAGAAGGCACCAUCUAGUCUGUACACGGCCUAUCCUCACUGUGAUCCUCGUGUGGACCCGUACUGCGCUUAUGCAUACGCCCUUGCAUCCUCCCAGAACCUGGAGGCUCCUUCAUCUCCAUCGGCUUCGGAGAGACCCUGCAACCCACUCUACGAUGACAGCUGCAACCCUCUGACAGCCUCAAGGUUUGGCAGCUUGUCAUACAAUGCCCCAAAGGACGAGCCUUCCUCUGAAUCCGGCGCCAUGCGCGUACCUCCCAGCUCUCGUCAAGACCCCUACGCCUUGUACCGCGACGCAUCUGCAGGGGCAGACUUGCGCAGACGCAUGCCCACCCAUCUCCAGCCUCCAAGGCACCAACCGGAGGAACAUCAACAUCAUCUUGGGCCUCGUGGGAAGACCAAAGAGGGCUAUGAUUGCUUCAUUGGGUAUGAUGAAGAGUGUUACCCCCUGGGUUCACAGAACGAACAACGCAGUGAUGUGCCGAGACGGGCACCCUACCCUUCCGAAGCUUACGAGCCCUAUAUGAACGCUGAUGGAACCAGAAGCGGAGUGGUCGAGCCUGAUCCCGACUGCGACCCGGAAUACGACAGAAACUGCCGCUUGCGCCGUUACGAGCCUGAGGCGGCCGAGCCAGCCAGUCCCUCACCUGUGGACACCCAUCCAACCCAGGAGCACAGCAACGAGCAGGGUCACCAUGAGGUCCCCCAGUAUCGUGAAGACUCCUACCCGGAGACUGCAGGCUAUGAGCAGCAGUACGACCCCUACAUGAGUGGACAAGAGGAUCCGUAUGCUGGAAAUGGGCCACAGGAGGCCGGAGCACCUAAUUUUCAGGAUAUCCUGAGAGGAUACGGUGGGCGAUAUCCUGGCCAGGAUGACCACCGUGGUUACACGGGAGACUACAGAAAGAAAUAAGAGGCUUGUGACAAUGUACACCAAAAAUAAAUGUAGAACGGGACAGAAUGUGGACUGGAGAUAAAAAGUGCACACACCAACUACCAGAACAUAGAUGCAUAAAUUCAUUUGAUUUGCUCACGUGUCAUGUUUUCGAGAGCUGCUGUAUUCUAAGCUCUACACUUUGACAGCACUUGUAUAGGGAAAUAAAUUCUGUUUGUCUUUUAUUCAAAUGGUCCAUAUAACCUGAGUGCGUUAUUGUUUCUCUAGGAUGCAUUUCGCUCUGACUUAUAGAGUACUUGUGUACUUGGUAUAUGUGAAAAAAGGCAAGAAAAGAAGAGGUGUAUGGUGUACGUGAACAUACCAAUGUCGUGACCAACUCAACCAUUUUAGCUUUAAAGCAGAUUUAUCCAGCAUUCCCGCUUCGAAGGAAUAUUUAAAUAACUGGA